AUGGAUGAAUUUGAUAAUACAAUCAACCUUGAAGAGAUAACUUAUCAAGAAGCAAAACAAGAUGGAGUAAAGGAUGGUCUUAAAUUGGGAUAUGUUGAAGGAUACCAAUUAGGUCAUGAAAAGGGAACUGAAUUGGGUCAAGAGAUUGGCUAUUAUCAUUCAUGUGUUCAAGUAUGGAAUCAUUUAGUCGAACAAUUCAAAGACUCUCAUAAAUUCUCUACUAGAGGAUUAACCAAUUUGGAAAAGUUAACAAAGCUAUUGAAUGAAUUUCACCUCGAUCUCACAAAUGACGAGAUUAUGAACUCUCUUAGUGACAUUAGAAUCAAGUUUAAACUUACUUCAUCUCAAUUAUCACUCCAAACCAAAGAACAUACGGAAAUGUCUUUUUAA